GUUAGCAGUUGCACCGCGGUCGUUUGCUGAGUCAUCUAUCGCCGUGACCUUGCCUUAUGACGCUUGCGCCUUAACUUACCUUCGGUCUUCUUCCAGGAGUGUAUGAUCAGCGUCCCAGGCUUGGGCUUUUGAUCCUCACCAUUUGGACUGCAGCAUCGCCCCUUACACUCCGUGUGAAGGCUUUAUUUUAUCCUUGAAAUAUAAUCUCCUAGGUCAUCUACUUACCUUCCAUUCUUUACUCAACUUGCCCCAUUCGUUUUGGUGGAGCGCCGUUACUCAGAUGUAUUGAAGGUCACCGCCUCAUUGUCCAGCAUUUCCUGAAAUCCAAACCGACUGUAGAGGAUUGGUGGUACUGCACUCAGUAACUUUAGCUACUAGACAGGUAGCAGGGAGAAAUGUUUUCUGAAUAUGCAUCCCGUUUCCUUGCUCAAUCACAGUCACGACUAGGUCUCCAGCCCGACGAGACGAAUCGAAGGGGCUAUGGCUAUCUCAUGCCUCGUCCAGUGGCCUCUCGUUUCUCUUCACAUUCCUUCUUACAUCAAGGGAACCCCGACCCUUAUCAACCGACUGCAUCCCAGGCUUCCAACUUUCACUUUAGCUCUCGCAAAAUAAUACAACCAGCACCACUGUUUCACAGUGCAACCGACGAUUUCAGAGAGGAGGAUGAUGAAGCUGAGCACGAGCGUGAAAUAGCAGAUUUUUAUGCCUUGCAGAAGUCGAGGCGGCAUUUUGGUAGCAGUGACUUGAGGGAAUCUUCGGAGGUCGAUGAAGAUGAUGACCGAAACUCCUCUUUAGGUGGAAAUGAUGCUCUACCUCAUAAUAUAUCUGGCAACUUUUCGGUAAACGAUGCUCGUUGGACCAGAAGACCAUCGGGGUAUGGGACGCGGAGUGUGGCUGUUUCGCCUCUGGCCAAGGCAAUUGCUAACAGAGACGUGGGCCAAAAGGAUAACCAGACCAAAGAAGAACUGAUCGAUAUACGGCUUGAAGAUACCUUGAAAUCCGAUGCUGAUACUCAUGAGACCGUCGAUUUUGAUGACGAACCUCCCCCUUCGGUGCAACGAUUUCGAGAGCAGCCGCAAUCGGCCAAGGGUCGUUUUGGGAUAGAUACCUAUUUUACACCAACAGGAAACCAAAAUGAAAUACUAGUAGACGGCCAUCGACCCACAAGCCCAGCCGAAUCGCACCAACCGCCAAUUACACCGACCAGUGUUGAAUCCCCCGCUCAAGAUCUCUUCUGGGGAAAUCUUUUCUUGAUAUCCUUGGCUUGUCUUUUUGCUACGUCUUUCCUCAUCUACCUCCAUACAUCCGCUCCUUCCGGAGACAAGUCAAGAUGGGGGGAUACGGUGUAUUUGACCAUCCACGGCUCGUUCAAACUUCUUGGGAGCUAUACCGUUGUUUCGGUGCUCGUAUCAUUGCUCUGGCUUGCCUUCUUACGGUCCUACGUUAGGCAACUGGUUUAUGUGGUUAUAUUCGCCGUUCCUGCUAUCCUAUAUUCAUUCUCACUCUAUCCAUUUAUUUCAAGUUUCAAAGGUGCGUGGGGCGGAACUAGCCUACAGGACAAGGUCAUGAGAUGUGGGUCUAUCGUUCCCUUCAUCAUGGCUAGCGUGUGGAUCUACAAUGUUGUUCGAGGCCGCCAUGUUAUAGGUAAGGCCGCCGGGAUUCUAGAGCUUGCCUGUCGGAUUCUCACUGCGAACGCCGAACUUCUAACCCUGGGCCUUGGAGUUCUCGUUCUCAUAGUCUCCUGGACAUGGGUGUGGAUCUUCAUGUUCACCAGAGUGUUUCUCGGUGGACAUUUGUCUGGUUCAAAGUCAUUUGUCGUCAACCUUAGCAGUUGGUGGCUGGCAAUCUACUUUGUUGCUGUGUACAUAUGGUCACUGGGGGUCAUUGCCGGUAUGCAGCGUGCAGUGACCGCUGCAACAGUGAGCCAGUGGUAUUUCCAUCGCCUUGCGGCACCCGCCCCGGCAUCGCGACAAAUAGUCCAGGCAGCCAUCGGGCACACACUCUCGAAACUGUUUGGUACGAUUUGCUUCUCCAGACUGAUGACACUAUUGAUUCGACUCCCCUUUUUGUUGCUUCCGAGACGCGUGAACUCAAUUUUGAGCUUGUUCGCGUUUUCACUUGUUCCUACCCCCAUUACCGCUCUCAUAGACCCUCUUGUCAUAACUUACGCCGCAAUCCAUUCUCAACCACUUACUGUGUCGGCUCGUGGUCUCACGCAAAUGACGAACAUAUCAGCUUCAUUGGCUACGUCGCCACUUCAUCCCCAGUCUUUUGCUUGGUCUCGGGGAGGUGUUUCCCCUCUUCUUGCUUAUCGACUUUCAAAACUCAUCCUUCACGCUGCACGUUUUAUGAUGUCCCUUGCGCUUGGGUUUGGGGGCUGGGUGACUACUGCGCGGAGCUUUGGCGUGUCCGGAGCUGGCGGCACAGGCCACAGCGGCAGUAUGUAUGCGUACGUGGUCGGGCUAAUUGCUGGAACAAUUGGCUGGAGCAUCCUUGGUGCUAUAGAGGGUGUGAUUGCAGAUAUUGUAGAUGCCCUGGUUAUCUGCUGGUGCAGUGAAGUCGGAACCUACAAUCGAGAAGCAAGGUAUUGUCGAGAAGCGGGUUGGCUAUUCGGCGCACAGUCCCCCGAGGAGAGACCUGGCUUUAAUCAAGCUGAGGCUUGAGCAUUUCGACUACAGUCUUAUCCACUUCACGCCUCUAUUAUGGAUGUUUUUAUGAUGAAAGAGCUUAAUGGUGCCCAGAUGAUCAACUUGGUGCUGUUCCGGGGGCUCAUGGUUGACGAAUUUCGAAGCGAUGAACAAUUAUUAUUCUUUUCCUGCGUCGCUCAUUUGAUAAUGAAGAAAUGUCUGCAUGGACUUGAGCGUUUGAAGACUGAGUGUGCAAAUUAUUUCCCGGUAUCGUAAGUCCCACCAUUGGUGAUAUACUGCGCAUUGCAUUCGCCUAGCUGGGGUUAUGUUUCCGCAUUGGUUGUUUCAAAUUCAUUGCUAGGUUUUUU